CUUCCUCUAGCUAAGUUCUCCCUAAAUACCACAUAUUCUGACUCGAUUAAAACUAGCCUAUUUUUUACUAAUUACGGCUUCCACCUAUAUAUGGGGUUUGAACCUGUCCUAAUAAAAGACCACUGUACUUAUAACUGCCUUAUUAUAUAA